AUGAUUGAGGUUUCUUCAUGUCAUAAAAGAACCUUUCAGUUUGUUUUAGUACUAGACGAAAAAAAAGAACAACUUCGACAGUUAAAAGCAGAAUUAACUGAAUAUCAAGCAAAUGGUAACAGUCAAAAUUACGUUCAUUCUGACGGUGAAAAUGCAAAUAGUCGUUGUUUCAGUGAUGAUCAUUCGAAUGAUGGAAGAGGAUCAGAUACUUUAAAAGAAACAAAAAAAGGUCAUUAUAAAACUAAAUCAGAGAUAGAUGAAGACGACGAUGAGAUGGAUGUUCAACCACCCACACCUGAACGUAAAACUCAUGAACCACUUAUUGUUCGAAAACGAGUCACUCAUGACGAUGACGAAGAUGUGCUGGAUCUUGGUAUAAAAGAUGAAAAUGAUAUUAAACAAUCGACACCAAAAAAACAUUUAACCAGCAGACCUCGUCCCGAAGAAUAUAAAAACAAACUUUAUGUAUUCAGAGAAGACUAUUGCUGCAUGAAGACUGUAAAUGAUCCUUCUUCAAACCAACAAAUACAUAAUACGCAUGAUGAAGUUAUCCUAGUGUUUAUGAAUUAUGAGAAUUAUGAGCAGUAUUGGAUUCUCGUAUCCGGUUCACUCAUUCAACAAGGAAGGUGGAAACAAGGACGUGGUUGA